UUCAAGGUAAACUCAAGCAUACUCUAAAAACUCUCUAUUCACAAUCUAGAAUCUGUAUUUUAUAAUACACAAAGAGCAAGUUUCUAUUGUAUAGAAACCCUUAUAGAAAAUGAGUUAAUUUUGUUGUUUUUGCCUUUAGCUAUUAAAGAGAUAGCACGUUAAUAAUUUGUUAGGUAAAACUUAGAUAAGCAGCAAUGCGCGUCGCAAAAGCUAUUAAGCGCAAGGCUAUAUAAAAUGCAAGUUCAACUCAAUUGCAUAGAAAAAAUAGUAUGAGUAAGUUACUCCAUCUAGUGGGCCUGCUGUUCAGUUCCUGUCUGGUUUUUGGUCAGGGACAUCCGCGUAUCACCAAUGGCAAACCGGCCUGGCAAAAGCUGUUGCCCUACCAAGUGUGGCUUGAAUGCACUUUCAAAGAGAGUGAAGAUCCAUUCUAUUGUGGCGGCACAAUCAUCUCCAAGCGCUGGAUUCUAACGGCUGCCCAUUGCCUGCAACUCACAGACCAUGAACUUGAAAAUGUGCUUGUUUUCGCGGGCAUCGUAAACACAACAGACGACGAUGAACCGGGCCGUGUGGAAAUACUGGUCGAUAAGCAGGACACCAUUGUGCAUGCAGAGUAUGAUGAGCACAUCGCAACCUAUGAUAUUGCACUAAUUCACUUACCAGAGGACUUAAAGCUAAGUGCAUACAUACAGCCAGCUAAGUUGCCCAAGAGGAAACCUCCCAACAAGUAUGAAGGCCGCAAAGCCCUUGUCUCCGGCUGGGGGCGCAUGGCCAACCAUGAACCUGCUGAGAUCUUGCAAUUCCUGCAAGUCAGAAUCAUUCCGAAUACACUGUGCGAAUCAUUGUGGAACAAGGAACUAGUGGGGGAAAAGAAACUAAUAUUGGACUCAUUUCUGUGCGUUAACACGCAUCGCGGUAUGCCCUGUGUCGGCGAUUCGGGCGGUCCGCUGGUUCUGGAUGAUGGCUCUAAUGUUGUGGUGGGUGUCGUCUCGCAUGGCUACGAUUCCGAAUGUAAGAGACCUGUACCGGAUGUAUUCAUGCGCGUCUCAUCGUUUCUGGAUUGGAUUGAACAGCACACGGGUGGACUUACAAAGCAUUAAAUUAUGGAAAUUUUCAGCUUUACCUAAAUAUGUGAAACAACUUUCUUAUAGUAGACAAUUAUAUAUUUUUUAGAGUAGAAUGAUUGCCAUAACAGAUCGAACACUCCCGACUAUCUUGAAUAAAUCUUCAUAAAAAUCCAAGCCUUCACAGCAGACAACAGCUCCAGUCUUCACACACACUUAAAUAAAGUAGUUUUCAUUAUAGAUUUCUUUUCAAA